AUGGAGAUGUUUAAUUGUUUUUUCCUGGCUUUGUUUGGAGGUUUGGCCCUUGUAAUUCAGCUCCAGGUUCUUCAGGUUCAUCGCCAAGAUCAAUCAGGAUUCAUUAGCUUAAAUUGUGGAUUACCACGAGACUCCAACUAUACUGAAUCCACUACAGGCUUAAACUAUAGUUCAGAUGCUUCGUUUAUAGACACAGGCCUAAGUAGGAGUAUAUUACCUGAAUUCCGAACAAAUGUUCAGCAGCAGAUGUGGUAUGUCAGAAGCUUUCCUGAAGCGUCAAGAAACAGUUACAACUUUAGACUUCAAACUGGGAAUAAGUAUCUGAUCAGAGCAAGUUUCAUGUAUGGAAACUAUGAUUCUCCAGAUGAAGCACCAGCAUUUGAUCUGCAUUUGGGACCUAAUCUAUGGCUUUCAGUGAGAUUGGAAAAUGCAUCGACUUUCAUAAACACAGAGAUAAUACAUGUGCUCUCAUCAAACAAUUUAUAUGUCUGCCUGGUCAAUACAGGCAAUGGAACACCUUUUAUAUCAGCACUGGAAUUAAGGCAUCUGAUGAAUAGCAUUUAUAAGACUCAAACUGGAUCACUGGAUCUCUUUGCGCGGCUGGAUAUUGGUUCAAAGGACAAUGAAACACACAGGUAUAAGAAUGAUGUCUAUGACCGUCUCUGGAGGCCUCAAAGUUUCACUCGUUGGAAGCAGCUUAGAAUAUCACACACAAUUGAUUCAGAUGGUCACAAUGAUUUUCAACGACCAUUGGCUGUAAUGAGAACUGCUGCCACCCUAAAAGAUGCUAGCAUGCCAAUUGAUAUUCUCUUGGAUGCUGAUAAUUCUACUGCACAAUUUUAUGUUUACAUGCACUUUGCUGAAGUUAAAAAGCUCCAAGACAAUGAGUACAGGCAGUUCAAUAUUUCUUUGAAUGGACAGCUCUGGUUUGGACCUUUUACUCCUGAUUACUUAUCCACAACCACUAUAUACACCCCGUCAGGCCUAACCGGAGGGCAAUAUCAAUUUUCAAUCUAUAAAGCUGACACUAGCUUGCCACCUAUUCUCAAUGUCCUUGAGGUCUAUACGGUAAAAGAACUCUUACAAUCACAAACGGACCCAAUGGAUGUUGAAGCUAUCACAAACAUCAAGUCAAUGUACAGUCUAAGUAGAAACUGGCAAGGAGAUCCAUGUGCUCCUCAAGACUACCUGUGGGAUGGUCUUAAUUGCAGGUGCACUGGCUCUGGUCCACCGAGAAUCAUAUCCUUGGACUUAUCUGACAAUAGUUUAAUGGGACCAAUACCUGAAUUUCUAUCAGAAAUGACCUCACUCAGAGUCCUAAGCUUAAGAGGCAACAUGCUCAAUGGUUCUGUUCCAGUUGAACUUGUUGAGAGAUCAAAAAAUGGGUCACUAUUGCUAAGUCAAGUGGCAGUGAAGAUGUUUUCUUCAAUAUCAGUUCAAAGCUAUCAGAAGUUUCAGGCAGAGGUUGAACCACUUUUAGGAAUUCAUCAUAGGAAUUUGACCAGCUUAGUUGGGUAUUACGAUGAGGACACCAACAAGAGGCUAAUCUAUGAGUACAUCGCUAAUGGAAACUUAGAACAUCAUCUUUCAGGUGUGGAUUUAUUUGAAUAG